CAGCGCGUUAGAAAGUUGCGUAGGUUCGUAAUGGUUGGUUUGUUCCCGUCAUUUUUGUCAUCUAUUAGUGCCACCAGCCAAUAGACACUGACACUUCUAAGCGACCCAUUCUCCAUUUUUCAAUCCACAAUCGUGGAGCCAUAAUCCCUCACUGCCUCUAAUUCUGCAUUCACUCACUCAACACAACCAAUGGCUUCCGCUUCCCUAAUCAACUCCUUCACCUGCUCCUCGCGCUCUCCCACUCGCCGCCACUUCACCGCCGCCGCCGCCACCUCAUCUCUCCGACCGCCCAACACCAGACUCUCCUGGCCUUCGCCCGUCGUCUGCAAAGCCGUCUCCGUCAAGCCCCAAACCCAAGUCGAGGGUCUCAACAUUGCUGAAGACGUUACCCAGCUCAUAGGGAAGACGCCAAUGGUUUACCUCAACACCAUCGUCAAGGGCUCUGUCGCCAAUAUUGCCGCCAAGCUUGAGAUUAUGGAGCCGUGUUGUAGCGUCAAGGAUAGGAUAGGUUUUAGCAUGAUAAAUGAUGCUGAGCAGAGAGGAGCUAUAACACCUGGGAAGACUAUAUUGGUGGAACCUACCAGCGGGAACACAGGAAUUGGUCUUGCUUUUAUUGCAGCUUCAAGAGGAUAUAAGCUCAUUUUGACAAUGCCUGCUUCAAUGAGUUUAGAAAGACGAGUUCUUUUGAAAGCAUUUGGGGCUGAGCUUGUUUUGACUGAUGCAGCAAAGGGUGUAAAUGGAGCUGUUCAAAAAGCUGAAGAAAUUUUAAAAAAUACCCCCAAUGCAUACAUGCUUCAACAAUUUGACAAUCCCUCAAAUCCUAAGGUACAUUUUGAGACGACUGGCCCAGAGAUAUGGGAAGAUACGAGAGGAAAGGUAGAUAUUUUAGUUGCAGGAAUUGGAACUGGUGGAACUAUUUCUGGAGCUGGCCAAUUCCUAAGACAACAAAAUCCAAAAAUACAGAUUAUUGGUGUCGAGCCUCUGGAAAGCAACAUACUUACAGGUGGAAAGCCAGGACCUCACAAAAUUCAGGGUAUUGGGGCUGGUUUUGUGCCCAGGAAUUUGGAUCAAGAUGUGCUUGAUGAAGUCAUAGCGAUAUCAAGUGAUGAAGCAGUUGAAACUGCUAAGCAAGUAGCACUCCAGGAAGGCUUGCUGGUGGGGAUUUCUUCAGGAGCUGCUGCCGCAGCUGCAUUGAAGGUUGGAAAGAGGCCAGAGAAUGCAGGAAAGCUUAUUGCGGUUGUCUUCCCAAGCUUUGGUGAAAGAUAUUUGUCUACUGUUCUUUUCCAGCAAAUUCGGGAAGAAUGUGAGAAAAUGCAACCUGAGCCAUGAAACAACUUUGCUUGUUAAUGUUUCAUACUUAUUCUCUACGAGUAUCUGUACGUAAGGCAUGACAGUGCGACAUGUCCAUGUUAUGUCCGUGUUUUUUAUUUUUGACACUUAAAAUUAGAUAACUCUGUACAGGUCAUUAAUUUGACUUAAAGCACAGAUUAAUGGGCCUUGAUUGAAUAAGUUUUUUCUUCUCUCUUUGGGGUAAAACUUAUAGAUGUAGGAAUUACUGGCACUGUUGUUUAUAUCUGACAGCGUAACGAAUUUCUGUCCAAUUUUUGUUCAAAAAUAAUUGUUGAAACAGUU